AUGGAUAUAUUCCUCAAAUCUCUGUCUUUGCUUGUUCUCACAGCCCACUCACUCCCUAUAAAAAAACAAGUAGAUUCAGCUAGUGUCAUUUCAUCAAAGAAAACUGUACAUGGUUUUGUGAUGAGAGAGCAAAAUGGAAUAGAGCAAGCUAAAAACGAACAGAAUCAGAGUAGAAUAGAAGCUGAGAAUGCAUAUACACUUCCCUUUUAUGAUACUUUCAACAUUGAGAGUCCUUUAAUUGGAAUGGACAACCUUGAUUUUCCUACAAUGAGCUUGGAUGUCCCUGAUUGUGCUGAAAAUGAGGUCUCUCAUAUCGCAAAUGAAUGUGAGGAAGAGGUUGUCCUUGACAGUGAUGAUGAAAGAAUGCAUGGUACUGAAGUGGCAAGUGUCUCAAAGUUGAGAUCUUCUGAUGAUACAAGGUAUAAACAGCAGCUGGAUAAGUGGAAACCCUCACCGGUUUCUAAACAAACCUAUGUGGGAUGUCUACGGAGGUCAAAGAAUCUAUUUAAGUUUUUGGAUUCAGCCAGAAGCACCACAGAUUUUGAGAAAACUGAUCAACAGAAACAGUCUUCUGAGAUUAAUGGCAGACUAUCUCUACAAAUAGAUAAGAGCAGUGUUAAUACAAAACCAAGAGUUGAAGAGGAUUGGUGUCAGGCUGCUGAAUUAACCAAGGAUGAAAUCUACAAGGGAAAUGUGGAAACGGAAGGCUCAACUGUUUAUGGUGUGAAUGGAGAUAAAGAUUUUCCACUUCAUUCUGGUAAAAUAGAACUCCCCAAGUUAAACAAAACUGAAUCUCAAGUAUCUGGAGAGCUGUCAGAAGCUAAUGCUCUGGACUUCGUUGACCACUACCUAUCAGUUUACAAUGAAGAUGCACUCAAUGAAGUCAAAGCUAGAGGAGUGAAUAAGAUUGUAUCACCUCCAUUUUUCAGCCGUGUGGGACCUCAAAAAUUGGCAUGCAGAAUGAAUGUUCAAAAUGCAGUAAAAAACUCCGGAGUUUUUGACUGGCCUGAGAGGCAAAGUGAUAGUGCAAAUGGUUCUUUUUCAAUACACCGAAAGAUAUUGACCUAUCACAGAAAGAAUUACGGACUGAAGAAACAAAAAGUAUCUUGUAUCCAAUCCAGUAAGGAGCCAAUGGAAAGUAUGACAGAUUUAAAUAAGGCGGAACCAAAGUUUCUCCCGGAAGCUCACAUGAAUGUUGGGUCCAAUUUCCUGAGGAAGUCGGAUGAGCAAUUUGAUAUGGGUACAUUUGAGCAACACGUUGAUUAUGACGGAAAUCAAUCAAAUGGAUUAGAGACAUAUGAUGUUGGCCUUGAUACUCAACUGGCUGCUGAAGCUAUGGAAACUCUACUACACGCCCCUCCUUUGAAAAGUGAUGUGCUUUGGGCCCCUCCUGUUACAAAAACCAGCCUAGUUAAAGAAGGGAAAUAUCCUGAGAUCGCUAUCUCAAGAGAGUUUAACAUUGAUGAUAGUUCACCAGAACCUACUUUAUGUAGCUCAGCUGAAGUAGAGUUGUCUUCUGUUGUUCAUAGAACUAGGCAUCAAGUGUCUUUAAAUUUGAGGAGCUUGGAGAGGCCAACAACCAAUUCCAAGACAGAGUUUAAUUUUCCAAAGAAAAGAAGGAAGCAACAUGAGCUUGGAGAGUUAAAUGAUAAUUUGUGCAAAGUGGCUGUUGUAAGAGGGAAAGUUUCCAAAGCAAGUACAAACACAUCAAGGAAAGCUAGAAAAGUUAGCAUGAAUAAUCAAGGAGAAAUUUUCCAAAGUGUAGCAGCCACAUUGAGUCAAGUGAAAUUGGAAAAUUGGGUCUCUAAGGGGAAAAGGACACAUAAAGGGGUGCGACGGCUUUCUAAUGGAUCAAGCAAUCUCUAUCCUGUACUGAUGCCUGCUGAUCAGGGAAAUGACUUUAAGUUUCCAGAUUUGAAUCAUAAGGCAGAGAGAAGAUGCCAACCCGUGGAAUUUAAAAGACAGAAUCAGUCUUUAGAAAAGACCCAGUCAGGACUCUCGUCAAUUCUGAUUGCAAAUAAACCUUAUUCCUCAAUUUGUAAAUAUUCAGUCACCAGUCAGAAGAUGAUACCCAUGGACUUCAAAAGAGUUGAAUCUACUGAGUCUGCCAAAUUAAAUGAAAUGACCUCCAUAUCCACUAAUCUUUUGACAAAAGAGAUGAAAUCUGACGUAUUUUCAAAUGGAAUCUCAGAUCCAUCAUACUGUCUUAAUGAUCACAAGAAAGGCAAGCAACACAUGAGAAGUCUCUCCAGAUCACCCCUUUCUCAAGAGCUUUUUAGAUUAGGCUAUGCAGAGCAAUUACCUGAUUUUCUGCCUAGAGGUUCACGACGACGAAAAGGUGCAGGUGACAUUUGUGUCUUGUUCAGCCAGGGCUUGGAUAGCAAAUUAAUCAAGCAGCAGAAAAAGAUUUUGUCAAGACUUGGAUUUAUCUCCACGUCAAAUUGUUCUGAUGCCACACACUUCAUCACUGACAGCUUUGUAAGAACUAGGAAUAUGCUAGAAGCCAUUGCCUGUGGAAAACCAAUUGUAACACAUUUGUGGCUUGAGAGCUGUGGAAGAGCAAGCUGUUUUGUUGAUGAGAAAAGUUAUAUCUUAAGAGAUGCCAAAAAGGAAAAGGAACUCGGUUUUAGUAUGCCUGCUUCACUUGCUCAUGCUAGAAAGCAUCCCCUUCUAGAGGGUCGAAGAGUCAUUAUUACUCCAAAUGCAAAACCUAAUAGAGAUACCCUUCUAACCUUGGUCAAGGCAGUGCGUGGUGAGGUGGUGGACGAAUCUAAUAGUAAAAUCACCAGUGAUGAUCUAUUAAUUCUUUCCUGCGAAGAAGAUUACAAAGCAUGCAUUCCAUAUCUGGAAAGGGGAACUCUUGUUUAUAGUUCGGAGCUCUUGCUUAAUGGGAUUGUUAUCCAGAAACUGGAGUACAAUAGGCAUCAGCUUUUCACAAAGUUUCAUGACGAAAACUGUAAAGAAUGAAAAUCUGUCCAGCUUUUUCACGAAGAAAGCUUUGUGCCCAACUGCUUGUGUAUCGAUUAAAAAACACUACUAGUCCAAGUAACAGAUGAUGAUAUCCUUGUGUUACCAGAUACUCGAAGUUUUAGCUGGACAGAGGUAUUGUAUCAUAUUGGUAUAGUAACUAAGUUUUCAUAGUUUAUCCAGAAAAGGUUGUCUGUUAUCUAUUCCCAUGUGAAUUCACUUGGUUUGCUA